AUGAAUGACAGCACGUGAGCUGUGACCGACGACUGGGGGCCGAUUACGGCCACCGUCUUGCUCUCCAUCAACCUCAACACUGCAAUCAAAUUAGGGAUUCGGACACUGUUAAGCAACAAAUGAGCAAACAACAAAAAUGUUGAUUGAGAUUAAGAUUAAGAUUAAGAUAGGCAUUGCCUUCGACGAUGCCGAGGAAUCCGCUGAAAUUGGUGUCGUGCACCGUGGCGAGGAGCUUGGUUUGGGGGAGAACGGAGGGGUCGGAGUUGACGUCGGCGACGGCGGCCUGGAUUGCGAUUUUGGAAACUUUGCCAAUGAUGGAGCCGAAGGAGAGAACCACUCCGAUGUUGACGGACUCCGGCGGCGAGGAGGAGACGGCGCCGUUCAGAUGAGCGGCGAGAAUCAGGCAGUAAAGCAGGAGUGGAAUCUGCAUGGUGGAAUUGUGGGCACAGAGAAACCCCUGGAGUGGAGGGGUUUUUGGAAGGAGAAUGUUUGGUGGUGUGGGUCUGUUUCCUUACUGUUUUCCACUGGGAGCCGUACCGAAGGCUUUUUUUUAUAACGGAAUAUAAUUUCGGCAGGUGGUGGCGGGAAAGAGAUAACGUUUUAACGGGGAACGGAGAAUGCGUUGGCGGUACAGUGAAUGGUGGUGGAGCUUGCUUUCCGUCACUUUCGCCAUUGUUGGCUCUUGUUUUGCUCUCGCGUUUUUUGGGGUUUAGCCAGCCAUCAUAUGCUUGCCUGUGUUGUAAAAGUGACCACCUUCUUCAGUCCCCUCCACUGUGUAGUUACAGUAGUUAGUGUAACACUAACACCAAGAUUUAGCAAAG